AUGACUUUUCGCCAGCGUACAGUCAAUGCUCUCUUUGACUUCACCGUUUCUCGUUUCUGGGCUCACCUCCUCGACAACGGCAACAUUGCGUUAGUCCCCGGGGAACUGAGGUUCGGUGCCCGGCCUGCAGCACUUGUUCGUGAACGUGUUAGGUCUGCACAAAUCAUUGAGGACUCGAACCUCAUUCUCAUCCUCAUGGACGACGUCGCGCGCAAAACGCGGAGCAGGUUCCCCGGAUGUCUAUUGGACAACGUCGAGGUCGACUAUGGAGUCGAAGCGGUUGCUGGCGGGCGGCCGGUCGAACAUGCCCGUGCACAUGACGGGUCACAAAGGAAUGAGCUCCUUAAGAUCGAGGACCGGGAGGAGCCGAGCGUGUUCGACAUUGUGGACAGAUGCGAGGCCUUGAAGGAUCAAGUGGAUCAAUCACCUAAAGUCUUCGCGAUGGGCUCAUCCGUCGUCGAGGAAACCUUGCACUCGUACGAGAGCAACUACGACCUCGAAGUCUCACAUGGUGGCAGCUGCCCACACUGUACCCUUGAGUUCCUUGAGGGCAUCGACAAGACAGCCGAGGCGACGCCGGGCGACCUGUCCUCAGGCCUCAUGGACCCCUUCCGGCAGCCGCUGUCAUCGCUUCGCCGUUCGUGCAUCCGCUCUUUUUGGGAUGUUGAGCAGCUGGACGUAUUAUCGCCCCCACUUUUUGAUGUGACGGCCCACACCACGGCUUCGCCGCCCGGCUCGCCUCCUUCUCGGACUCCACCUGCGCUCCCUAAAGGCGUUGACGAGCAGACUUUCGCGGCUCAAGCGAUGCAAUUCCCCGGCUGGGGGCUCACGUCCUUUCCCUCUGUCGAACUUUCCUUCGACCCCAUUUUCGACGGUGUGGGCCCCGGUGACGCCGCCGCUCAGAUCGAGUGCAUCAUCGACGACCUCGUGUACGAGGGUGCGAGGCGCGACCUGGAUACUGGGGCAUUUGUGACUCUAUUUCCAAGACGUGCGAGUCGCUCCGUCAUCGACGCUGCGCUCAAACCGCAGCUCAUCAAGGUCAACUUCGAGAACGCCCCCAACGAUCAGAAUGACUAA